ACGGUGGUCGAUCGGCACCGUAUCGAGCAGGUCGAACCGAUGGUGCAGGACGAGGAGGACAACAUUUUUGCCGAUCACAUGCUGAGCAACUUUCUGUGCAAGUACGACGAAAACGGGACCGGCGGGCGGACGACGAACUUGAUCAAGAAAUCCAAGAACGAUUCAUACCAAACCAUGAACCUCAAGCUGAACGUGCUGCUGCUGGAGGGCUUUCUUAUCUUCAACCAUCCGAUCACGCUCGAUCUGUGCAGCGUCAAGUUCCACAUCCAUCUGCCGUACGAAAAGUGUUACGCGCGCCGAUCGCAGCGCGUGUACGAUCCGCCCGACGUGGUCGGGUACUUCGAGAUGUUCGUGUGGCCGAUGUACGAGAAGCAUUACAAGGAGUUUAGGGACCGGAAGGACGUCUACGUGCUGAACGGGGAGAUUCCGCAGGAAAACCUCUUCAACUACGUACUAAACUGCGUCAAAGAUUUAUUGUAAGGCGCAGCGAUAAGGUUAGGAUUAAACAGAGCGACCAGUACAAGCGCGAUCGCCACCGCGAUCGCGAUGUAUCACGAUUCCAGUAACGGGUUAAUGAGUUCCUUAAGCAUAAGACACAUACACACAGACACACACUGUAGGCCGCGUCGGGUGGCCGAAUUGGAGCCGAGUUUUGGGCCAAGCUAUUGUAGAGAUCUUAUGAUUAGAUGACGAUGCUACGCCACCCGUGGC